AUGCAUAACCAGCUCAACAACUCCAUCCCAUCAUCCACCCAGGACACCUACCCUUACCACCCGAUCGACAUCGAAAUCUCCAGAGAAGCAUCCAUCAAGUGUCUCGGCACCUACGAAACCAUGGCCUCGCCGACAUCCACCUCGCCCGCGCCCGCGCCGCCGGCUGCCGUCUCCCCGCGGCCGCUGCACCCCAACGUCUACCGUCCCACCACGCCGCCCUCCCCCACCGGCGCCGCCCCGUCAAAACCAGCCGCCAACUUCGUCCUCCGCACCGUCGCCAUCCUGCGCGCCCUCGCCCUCGUCUUCGCCAUUGUCCUGCUUGUCCUCGAGUUCGAGGGCCGGCGGCACUACUCCUUCCCCACCUUCUUCAUCGUCGUCGCCUUCUUCCAGCUCUUCUGGCUCGCCUUCUCGCUCCUCGCGGAGAUCCUGCCCGCGCAGCACCACGGGCGCCGCAAGGGCGUGACGCUCGACUUUGGGGUUGUGAAGUGCAUCUUUGGCAGGAGCGGGUACCCGGACGACAGUGAUGACGAGGAGGCCGGGAUGCUGCUGAUGGGGUUUGCGGGGGAUGUGCCGCGCAAGUGGAACCGGCGGGAUCUGCUGUUUUCGGUGGUGGACUUGGCGCUCGGCUCGACGACGUUUGGGAUUGCGGUGACGAAUGUGAACGGGAAUGGGCGGUGGUAUGCGUGGGAGACGUUUCAUACCAUUGGGGCGAUCGCCCUGGUUGUCGCGUCGUUUGAGUUUGUGAUUGCCGUUGCGCAGCAGAUUACCCUCCUGAAGCGGGCCAGGAUCCGCAUCUCGCACGAUGAGGAGGGCGAUGAGGAUGCCGGAUCGCACAAGUACCGCAUCCGUUUGCCCGAGAGCCCAGAGCGGGGCAGGCCUGCCAUGUCUGUCGCUGCUCACACGGCGAUCUGA